AUGUCAGUUCCAAAAGCGGUAACCCCGAGCUACACUCGGGCUUACCAUGCAGCGCUGCAUAGGGAGUCCCUGCAGCACUUACCUUGUCCUGCGCUCCCGCGAUGUGUCCCCUGCAGCUUCCCCGGCCAUCUCCUCCGGCAGAUGCCGGCAUCCGGCUCCUGUGUUCCGGUCCCUGUGACGUCGGGACGUACGGGCGCCGCCGCCGGCGGCGGCGGGAAACUUGAAAAUUUUAAAAAAAAUGUCAUUUUUUUCAAAACUAUUUUUCAUAUGCUUUGUCCUGUGCCCUGCCUGCAUUUUGUCUGUUCUUUC